AUGCAACUACUCGGCUAUUUACUGAUGAUUUGGCUUAUUUUGGUAAUAACGAUGGGAUAUCCACAUAGAAAUCGUCACUCAAGACCAUACAAAAUCUCCGAGCUAAUCGAUGAGGAAAUUGAGCGAUCAUUGGAGAGAUCACGGGAUAGGAUCGAGGAAAAACUCCGCCGCGGAAGACGAAGCCAUCAUUUGCAUAGGGAUCCGGAAUGCAGCAGCAGAGGCCAAAUAGACCCAAGUGCUCCCAAAUCUGAAGGUUUCAAAUGCAAUUGUGAGCCGCAUUUUCAUGGGCCAACUUGUAAGCACUUUGAGUCGUGGGAAUGCACGACGAAGGGUGAAUGCCCCGGAUACCCAGAAUUCAAGUUCACGUGUGAAGAAGUGAGCAAUUUGAAUAAAAGAUACUGUAUUCUCCAUUCUCCU